AUGGUCAUCAAUGGGCACCACGAAGCAGCGGCGUCGGCAUCGACGAGCCACAAGAGCAGUGGUAGCAACAGCAAUGAGCAUAAAGAUGCAAGUGCAGAUGAGGAGCCCUCCUCGUGGCCGGCCGAGGACGACGAGGAGGAGAAGGCAGGGGCGCAAGGACAGAGCGUCGAGGCGCUGCAUGCGGAGCUGGAGAGGACAAGGGAGGAGCGAGACUCGUUCGAGGGGCAGUACAAGGGUUUGCUGGGCAAGUUGACGCAGAUGCGAAGCACGCUUGGCGACCGGCUGAGGCAGGAUGCCGAAGAGCUGGAUCGGAGAGAGCAGCAGAUCGACAGCUUGACAAGCAGGACCGAGGAGCUGGAAAAGACCGUCGAGGUGCUCAAGACGGAGCUCGUUGCCUCGCACCAGGACGUGGACCGGGCGACAAAGGAGCUCGACGCGCUCCGAGCGACGGGGGGAGAUGCAUCUUCGUCGUCGUCAGCGACGGCUGGCUCUUCUUCGGGGCCAGCAGACGAGGCGCGAAGGAGCACAGAGGUCAAGACGCGAGAGCUCCAGGAGAUGGCAGAGAGAUACAGGAUCGAGGCCGAGGGCUGGGAGAGCGCAUGUAUGGAAGAGAGGGCCCACCGAGAGGAGCUGGAGCUGGAGCUGAGGAGGGCCAGGGAAGAACGUCAAGAGGCACAGAGGAGCGAGCAGGAACAGAGGAGGCUGGCAGAGAGCGAGGCGCAGAGCGCCAGGGGGCUGCAGCAGGUCCUCGAGGAGUUCCAGGCUGCACAAGAGACCGAGCUGCAGAGAGCGUUGGGCGACCACCAAGAGAGGUACGAGAGGGCAGCGGCCUCUUUGCGGGAGCACCAGGAGCGGACCGUGGCUGCCGAAGCCCAGGCCACCGAAUUCAAGGGUGCGGCCGAGCGAUGCCAGGCGCUGGAGAAGGAGGUCAAGGAGAAGAACUUGCUCAUUGGCAAGCUCCGCCACGAGGCCGUCAUCCUCAACGAGCACCUGACCGAGGCCCUGCGACGGUUGAGGGCCAAUACCUCGGACUCCAACGUGGACCGGAGACUGGUCACCAAUCUGCUUUUGCAGUUUAUCACGACGCCCCGCGCCGAUGGCAAGCGCUUCGAGAUGCUCUCCCUCAUCGCGAGCGUCCUGCAGUGGUCCGACGACGAGCGAGAGACGGCAGGGCUGCAGCGGACAAACCCAGGCUCGUCUUCGAGCUCGUCGACAAUGAGUCCCGGCAAGAUGGUCGGCAUCGGCAUCAAGACCGAAGGGAAAGGCCACGGACGCAGUGGAGCACUUGCCAAUGCUUCAUCGACUGGCGACGAGUCAUUUUCAAAUCUCUUUGUCGAGUUUCUCCUAUCCGAGGCAGAGCAGGCCAAGACGCCCCAGUCGCCGAGCUCAGAGAAAACAAACGGCAGCAACAAUAAGAACAACAACAAUGGGGCAUCUCCCUCGGCGCCAGCAUCACCCACGAUUACACGGCCGAGCGGCGAGAAGUCGAGGACAAGCUUCAACCUGGGAAGCUUGGCAAAUUUGAGAAGACCAAGCAGUGUCAGUCAAGGCAACGCGAAUCUUUCUCCUCUCAAAAGCCCUCCACCUCCCGAGACGCCGCCGACAUAG